CUCCACAACAACCAGUUCUAUCAGUGCGAGGAGAGCAAGCCGCUCCUGGGGGGGGACAUGUCGGAGCUGGGGCCCCCCGGCAGCAGGGGGGGUCCCCCGGGCCCCCGGAAGAGCCUGGUGCUGCACGGCUCUUCCAGCAGCGGCGGGGGGAUGCGCUACAAGCUCCUGCACGAAGGAGACAUCCAGCUGUGCGUGGUGAAACACCCGAGGAGCUUCCUGUCCAAGAUCCUGACCGCCAAGUUCCUGAGGAGGUGGGAACCGCAUCACCUGAGCCUGGGGGAGCAAGGGCUGAGCUCCGCCACGCCCACCGGCUACAUGGAGACGUCCCUGUCCUACAGCUCCAUCGAGGACCUGCAGCUGCUCUCGUGGGACAACGCUCCGAAGUACUGCGUCCAGCUCAGCUUCCCCGGAGGCACCGUCCUGCUGCAGGCUGCAAACAGCUACUUAAGAGACCAGUGGUUUCACUCCCUGCAGUGGAAGAAAAAGAUCUACAAGUACCGGAAGGUCCUGAACAACCCGAGCCGCUGGGACGUGGUGCUGAAGGAGAUCCGGGCGCUGGUGGACAUGGCGUUGACCUCGCCGCUGCAGGACGAGUCCAUCCACCAGGCGCCGCUGCACAUCAUCUCCACGCUGCUGGCUGAGAACUCUAACCUCAGCCCUCAGGAUCAUGAGAACAUCAUCGUGGCCAUCGCUCCUCUUCUGGAAAACAACCAUCCACCUCCUGACCUGUGCGAGUUCUUCUGUAAGCACUGUCGGGAGCGGCCGCGCUCCAUGGUGGUGAUCGAGGUCUUCACCCCAGUGGUCCAGAGGAUCCUCAAACACAACAUGGACUUUGGGAAGUGCCCUCGCCUGCGUCUCUUCACUCAGGAGUACAUCCUGGCUCUCAACGAGCUGAACGCCGGGAUGGAGGUCGUCAAGAAGUUCGUCCACAGCAUGCACGGGCCGACGGGGCAGUGCCCUCACCCUCGUGUUCUGCCAAACCUGGUGGCUGUGUGCCUCGCCGCCAUCUACUCCUGUUAUGAGGAGUUCAUCAACAGCAGGGACAACUCCCCCAGCCUGAAGGAGAUCAGGAACGGUUGCCAGCAGCAGAACGACCGGAAGCCUCCGAUGCCGCUCCGCCUGCUGCGCCCCGAGCCCGCCAUACCGCCUCCCGCCACCAUCCUCACCCCCAACCCCAGUCCUCCUCAGCCGCCGCCCCCCACCCCCUCCAUCACCUCCCCGACUCCCACCCUGCCCCUCACCCCCCCGCCCUCCGUCGUCAACUCCAGCGAGAUCCUGGUGGAGCUGGAGCGGAACAACAACUCCACCAACGCCAGGCGGAAGGGGGGGCCACCGGGGGGCGACAGCGAGCCCAACCUCAUCGACUGCCUGCUGGUCAGCCCGGCCGUCAACACGCUGUCCAUCCAGCUGCCGGCGCAGGCCGACCGCGUGCUGGGCUGCUUCGCCCUCAUCCUCAAGAUGCUGUCGGACUACGACGACUGGAGACCGGCUCUGGCCAGCCUGCUGCAGCCCAUCCCCUUCCCUAAAGAGGCCCUCGCUCACGCCAAAUUCACAAAGGAACUGAAAUACGUCAUUCAGAGGUUUGCAGAGGACCCGAGGCAGGAGGUUCACUCCUGUCUGCUGAGUGUGCGCUCAGGUAAAGAUGGCUGGUUCCAGCUCUACAGUCCAGGAGGCGUGGCCUGUGAUGACGAUGGGGAGCUGUUUGCCAGUAUGGUUCAUAUCUUGAUGGGCUCCUGCUACAAGACCAAGAAGUUCCUCUUGUCUCUGGCUGAGAACAAGCUGGGUCCCUGCAUGCUGCUGGCCCUGAGAGGGAACCAGACCAUGGUGGAGAUCCUGUGUCUGAUGCUGGAGUACAACAUCAUCGACAACAAAGACACGCAGCUGCAGAUCAUCUCCACCCUGGAGAGCACGCAGGUCGGCCUCCGCAUGUACGAGCAGCUCUGUGACCGCCAGAGAGAGCUGAAGGAGCUGCAAAGGAAAGGAGGCCCCACCCGCCUGACGCUGCCGUCCAAGUCCACGGACGCCGACCUGGCCCGUCUGUUGAGUUCAGGUUCCUUCGGGAAUUUGGAGAACCUGAGCUUGGCCUUCACCAACGUCACCAGUGCCUGUGCCGAGCAGCUCAUCAAGCUGCCUUCACUCAAACAGCUCAACCUCUGGUCCACACAGUUCGGGGACGCAGGGUUGAGGUUGUUGUCCGAGCAUCUGGCUUGUCUCCAGGUGCUGAACCUGUGUGAGACUCCGGUCACUGACGCCGGGCUGCUGGCGCUCAGCUCCAUGAAGAGUCUGUGCAGCCUGAACAUGAACAGCACCAAACUCACAGCCGACACAUACGAGGACCUCAAGGCCAAACUGCCCAACUUGAAAGACGUUGAUGUUCGGUACACUGAGGCCUGGUGAUCAGCCACGCUCACACACACACACAUAAUCACACACACACACAUAAUCACACACACACACACACACACACACACAUGAACACACACACACUGCACACAGGCUCAGAAACAUAACAUGAAACUUUGUGCGACGACGUCCUCGCCAGCCAUCACCUCAGUGUGAGGAUCACGUGAUGUGAGCAGAAACGCCUCUGACCACCAGGAGGAGGAGCUUCGUCAGCUUGGGACGCCAUCGCCCGCCCCCCCCUCCCCCCCCUGUAGCGACGCCAUCACUGGGAAGGAACCGCCUUGCUUUUUGUUUUCUGAGGACCUUGUGGUCACUGAUCAGAGGACGAGCGAGCACCCGGUGUCCUGAGACCCUCCUCUCUCUCUCCUCUCUCUCUC